AUGGUCUCUUUCAAAUCCUUAAUCGUCACGUGGAUUUCACUCACAGGCGUGAUUUCUGCGUCGCCCGUUAACAUUACGGACUCCGACCUCCUCGAGAAGCGCCAGUCUACUCCCAGUGCCACAGGCCGCCAUAAUGGCUAUUACUACUCCUGGUGGACCGACGGUGGUUCUCAGGUCACCUACACUAAUGAAGAAGGUGGCAAAUACAGCGUGAGAUGGGGUGGAGGCGGCGGUAACUUUGUUGGCGGUAAGGGAUGGAAUCCAGGUGGCCCCAAGGAGAUCAGGUACUCUGGGACAUACCAGCCAAACGGCAACAGUUAUCUCGCCAUCUAUGGGUGGACUCAGAAUCCGCUCGUCGAGUAUUACGUCGUUGAGAAUUUCGGCACAUACAACCCGGCCUCAAACGCACAGAAGAAGGGCUCCGUAACAACUGAUGGUGGUACCUAUGAUAUCUACGUCAGCACACGAUAUGUAAGUUUCGACUUGAACCAGCCAAGUAUCGAAGGCACGAGAACCUUUCAGCAGUAUUGGUCUAUUCGAACACAAAAGCGUACAGGCGGUACUGUCACCACUGGAAACCAUUUCGCGGCGUGGGAAAGAGCUGGCCUGAAGCUAGGCACACAUAACUACAUGAUCGUAGCUACGGAAGGCUACUAUAGCAGCGGGUCGGCCACAAUUAACGUUGAGACGCCUCCGUGA